GAGCCUCCAAAUUUCACCUCUGCAAGAAGAAAUUUGCCUUCUAAAUUUUUACUUUUAUACCCGUUGUAUAAAAUUUCUCUACUUUUUCUGUCCGAGAUGAAAAAAUUAACAGAAAAUACCAACCAGAGCAAAUGAUACAUUAAUGGGAGGACCUUCCUUUGGAACCACCGUCUAGGGGUAGAUGGAAUUGGGUGCAACGACAACAACAUAAUUUUCAAUUCUGCCUCUUGAUAUCAUCGACCCCUUUAUUUCAUAUGACACAGGUUUCGCAUGAAAAACCUCAUUCUUCAACGAAUACAACUUAAGCAGUGUGUUUUGUGUUAUGAGGUGGUAGAAGAAGAAAAAGAAGAAGAAGAGGAAGAGGAGAAUGGCAGCAAGUGGUAGCGUAUCGGUGGCAGCCUCAGCCUCAAAUGUAGUGAUGUUGCGAGCAGCAAACAACGUGGUGGGCAAAAGGAUUGCUCUUCCUCUUCACAAAGUAGCUUUUAGAAACCACUCAUGCCCUGAUCUUUCUCUUGCUCUCUCCUCCUCUAUUGCAAGAUCGAGGUCCAUAUCUCAUUUAACAGGGGUUAAGGCUCAAGUUGCUUCAGUUGAACAACCAACCAUUGAAACUCCUAAGGUGGUUGAAGCUCCUGUGGCUGUUGUGACUGGAUCUUCUAGAGGAAUUGGCAAAGCUAUUGCUCUAGCGUUAGGUAGAGCAGGCUGUAAGGUUCUUGUGAAUUAUGCUCGGUCCUCAAAGGAGGCUGAAGAUGUUUCUAGAGAGAUUGAAGAUUCUGGUGGCUCAGCACUAAUUUAUGGAGCAGAUGUUUCCAAGGAGGCAGACGUUGAGGCUAUGUUUAAAACAGUAGUUGACUCAUGGGGUACAGUUGACAUUUUGAUAAACAAUGCAGGCAUUACAAGGGACACACUAAUGAUGAGGAUGAAAAAAUCUCAAUGGCAGGAUGUCAUUGACUUGAAUCUUACAGGUGUAUUCCUUUGUACGCAGGCUGCUGCCAAAAUAAUGAUGAAGAAGAAGAAAGGAAGAAUCAUCAACAUCUCAUCUGUAGUGGGUUUGACGGGCAAUAUAGGACAAGCUAAUUACAGUGCAGCCAAAGCAGGAGUGAUAGGCCUGACGAAAACUGUUGCAAGGGAAUAUGCUAGCAGGAAUAUCACAGCAAAUGCUGUUGCUCCUGGAUUUAUUGCAUCCGAUAUGACAGCAACACUUGGUGGUGAAAUUGAGAAGAAAAUUCUUCAAACAAUACCUCUGGGUAGAUAUGGACAACCAGAAGAGGUUGCAGGUCUUGUGGAAUUCUUGGCUCUUAAUCCAGCUGCCAAAUAUAUUACAGGCCAGGUUCUCAAUGUUGAUGGAGGAAUGGUUAUGUGAAGUUAGACUGAUGCUCCAGAGUCAAUAAAUUUGUAGAAUGUAUGAUAGGCGGCUUACAGAUAGUGCUCAUAAAUGAAAACUACUAUUGCAGUGAGAGGUCCAAAGCCUAUUUACUAAUAGAAUUCUAGUGAAGAUAAGACUGGUGAUGGACGUUGAGAAAUUUUACAUGGGAGAAAAGAGCUUAUAAUAUAUUUAUGAUGACCUUUUCUGUCUGUAUUUCACUCACUAAUUUAGAUUCCUGUUUGGCUCAUGAUAUGGCCAUUCAAUGCCAUGCCUGUUUAGAUUAAGAAAGGCCUUGUUCAAAUUCACAGUUCUUAUUGUGCACAUCUUUAUCUUAUGGUUCUACUUUUAGAAGGGAAACGUUUCAAAUAAAAAAAAUGUGCAUGCUAAUAGUCUCCA